AGAUUUUUUUUUUUUUCAGAAAAAACAAAAAGCUUUAUAAAAAUGAUUGAAAAAUGGGGUUUAUUCAUUGUUGCCUGGUAUGAUGUUCUUUGGUCUCUACAGAUAUCUUCAUUAGCCAUGUCGAUGUGGUUUGCUGUACUUCAUGUAUUAGGUAUUCUGUCUUUGACCUGUUGCACUUUUGGAUCUGAUUUAAAUGUUCCAACACCAAUUAGCUGUGGGACUCGAGCGGUGGAUCUUCCAGACACACGGAAGAUGGUGCUCUGCCCAGCAAACUGCACUCUCUGGAGUCUGUCAGUGUUUGGUUCAGGAGUGUAUGCCUCUGUUUCCAGCAUAUGUGGAGCAGCAAUACACAGAGGAAUCUUAAGUCUCUCUGGUGGACCUGUGGAGGUUCACGGACUGCAAGGGAGGACAAACUACCUCAGCUCUUACGCUCAUGGCAUCCAGUCUCAGUCCCUGUCCCAAUGGAGCUCAUCUUUCACUGUGGCCAGAACAAUUAGCUUGCCUUUAGAAGUGUCCAGCCAAACCAGCCGUUCUGCCACUGUUGCAUCUGGAGCAGCCAAGAAACCAGUCAAGAAGACAGCGAAGAAGCCUCUUCCUCCAAUAACAAUAAUCAGGGAUUGCCCAGUCGAUAUGGCUUUGCUGCUGGAUAGCAGCUACAAUAUUGGACAGCGGCGCUUCAACCUGCAGAAGAGCUUUGUCAGUAAGCUUGUAGCCAUGCUGAAGGUGGGAACACCAGGUCCUCAAGUAGGAGUGGUGCAAACCAGUGAGACACCUCGAACUGAAUUCUACUUGUCAAACUAUACAACAGCCAAAGAUCUGACAUUUGCCAUCAAAGAGAUCCCAUACAUCGGGGGCAAUACCAACACAGGUAGGGCCAUACUACACACUGUAAGGAACUUCUUCAAUCCGGAUUUUGGUGUUCGGAGAGGUUACCCUCGGAUCCUUGUGGUGUUCGUCGAUGGGUGGCCUUCUGAUAAUGUGGAGGAGGCAGCAAUUUUAGCCCGAGAGUCUGGUAUUAACAUCUUCUUUGUGACUGUCGCCAAACCUACCCCUGAGGAGAUGAGCCUGGUGAGGGAGCAUGACUUCAUGAGAAAGGCAGUGUGCAAGGACAACGAGUUCUUCACAUUCACCAUGCCCAGCUGGUUCGGCACCAGCAAGUUUGUGAAGCCACUAGCUCAUAAACUUUGCUCCAUUGAUCAGUUGCUCUGCAGCAAGACUUGCUAUAACUCGGUGAACCUGGGCUUUCUGAUUGACGGCUCCAGCAGCGUAGGUGAUGGGAACUUUCGGCUCGUGCUGGACCUUCUUCUUUCAAUCGCACGCAGCUUCGACAUCUCUGACAUUGGAUCUCGCAUCGGUGCCAUUCAGUUCACCUACGACCAAAGGAUGGAGUUCAACUUCAAUGACCACACCACAAAAGAUAAUGCUCUGAGGGCCCUGGAGAACAUCCCGUACAUGAGCGGAGGAACGGCCACGGGAGACGCCAUCAACUUUGCAUUGCGGAGUCUCUUUAAACCCCACACAGGCUCCAACAAGAAUUUCCUCAUCAUCAUCACUGAUGGACAGUCUUAUGAUGAUGUGAGAGUGCCGGCUAUGGCCGCCCAGAGGGAGGGAAUCACUGUGUAUGCAGUGGGCGUAGCUUGGGCUCCGAUGGAAGACCUAAAGGCAAUGGCGUCCGAGCCCAAGGAAAGCCAUGUGUUUUUCACUCGUGAGUUCACCGGCCUGGCGCAGUUCCAGCAGCCCAUCGUCCAGGGCAUCUGCAGGGACUCCACAGAGUUCAACUAGACAGUGCAACUGCUUGAGUGCAAGAGCAGAAAGUGGAGAAAAGGAAAGUGAAAAAUGGGCAAGCGUGAAUAAGAAAAAUCUAUUUUGUCUUUUGUAGAAAAAGGAAUUUGAAAGGUUUUGUUAUAAAGGUAUUGGUUUGAUCCAAAGGAUUUUACAGCUUAACUGAGAAUGUAUCACACAGUAUUGUAUGUCAACCUCUCUAUAAUGUGGAGAAUGUAAUUAUUUGUGAUUUAUAGUCUUUCUCUUUAUGUUCCUGGUCAAAAAAACAAAUCUUUCGCUGCUUCUGGCUGGUCUUUAGUUCUUGUGGAGGAGUCACUGUAACAAAAGGCUCUUUUAUAUUAAUUUCGGAAGAUGAAGAUUCUACUGCAGCUAUGCUAGGUAGUGCACAUGAUGGUAAGCACAAGCAGUUAAGAAGAUCGUCAGUGAAACAGGGCCCUCUUAAUCUGAUGGCAAUACACCAAUACACAGCUUUCAUUCACACAAUUGCAUAAAUAAAUCUGGGUUAUAUAAGAAAAUAUAGUUCUUCCCAGGGGUAGCAAACAAUAUACAUGCACUGUACGUCACAUUUUCACAAUGAAUCACGUAUAUCUGGGUUUGACGAAGAUUACGGUUGGAAAGUUAACGUUUAGAUUAUAGGCAAUAGCAUUUUUUCCCCCUUUUCUUCAAUUAUACUUUAAUGUAUUUAUCGAAACUAUUUUCUUUGUGUUUUCCAUGUGCAUGUUUUACUGCCUCUCGUAAUGAAAAAUGAAGACAGGGAGGAGGGGCAUCAAACUGUUUGUACAUUUGUUUAUAAUUUAUUACUUUGAAUAAAGGUGUUCGUACAACUCGA